AUGGAAACAGUUAAGACCACCAGGUUCAUCACCGAGGUGGCUCCUGCUAAGUUGAUAUCCGCGACGAAAGAGCCCUUCAAGAACAUGUUGACCACAAUCUUUGAGGAAGAGUUGGACUUUGAAGAAUUAGUCAGAGUCACCGCAGAGAGACCCUCUUCAUCGUGUCCAGCUCUCUCCUCCUGGUCUCUUGGUCACUACGUCAAGACCAACAGUCUCUCUGCUUCUUAG